AUGCUAAGCAUCGACGAAGUGCGAAAGCAUAAUUAUCAAGAGUCUUGCUGGGUCAUCAUCCAUGGAUUUGUGUAUGAUCUUUCUGACUUCUUAGACAAGCAUCCAGGUGGUGCAGCGUCAAUUCUGAGAUAUGCAGGCAAGGAUGCAACCGAGGAGUAUGAUUCUAUCCAUCCACCCAAUACAAUCGACAAGGCGCUACCGAAAGACAGACAUCUCGGUCAAGUAGAACAGCCCGUCGCGGAGACCGGGAAAAGGGAUGCCAAAGUUGAUGGCGUGAGCGGUGUGAAAAGGCAAGGCCUUCUGCCUAUUGAAACCUGUCUCAACUUGAAUGAUCUGGAGCUUGCAGCAAAAGACGUCCUCUCUGAACGCGCAUGGAUAUACUACUCAUCUGCAGCGCAAGACCGGCGGACCCUCGGUCAUAAUCUGGAUGAUUGGAAGCGAAUACGUUUCCGACCGCGGGUCAUGAGGAAUGUGAAAAAGGUCAACACUCGCCGAACCAUUCUGGGCUUUCAAAGUAGCCUCCCAUUCUUCAUUGCACCCUGCGCAUUGGCAAGACUGGGUAAUCCAGAUGGAGAACUGUGUCUUGUACGAGGGGCAGCUCGAGCCAAUAUUCCAUAUUGUCCCAGCAACUCUGCAUCCGUCUCCCACGACGCGCUCGCAGAUUGCCUUGCUUCAGAGGGGAGCGGCGGAUGUCUCUUCUUUCAACUGUACGUGAAAAGAUCUCAGAAAGAGACUCUCGACAGCAUCCGCCGUGCCCGAGACCUGGGAUACAAAGCGCUCGUCAUUACUGUGGACACAAACGUGGUUGGCAUCAGAGAGGACGACGACAAUUUCAAGAUACGGGAGGCUCUGAAGAACGGUCAGCAACAUCUCAGCCCUUGGAGGGCCGCGUGGUCCAAUCCCGAUCCCGACGCAGUGCUGCGCGCACCUCACUCAUCAACACUAAACUGGGAAGACUUGCACUGGAUCAAGGACGCAUGGCAAAACGCCGGACCUAUAUGCCUGAAAGGGAUCUUGGCGGCCGAGGAUGCACAAAUCGCUUGUGACUAUGGCGUCGAUGCUAUCUACCUGAGCAACCACGGCGGACGGCAGCUGGAUUCGGCAACUUCUGCCCUGGCAGUGUUGAUGGAGAUUCGACGAUUGUGUCCUGAAGUAUUGACCAGAUGUCAGGUCCUCCUAGAUGGCGGUGUCCGCAGAGGAGGAGACAUUCUGAAAGCUCUUUGUCUCGGGGCUGCCGGCGUCGGGCUGGGGCGACCCUUCAUGUACGCUCUCAGUGCCUAUGGUACGGAAGGCGUACACAAGGCCAUCGAAAUGCUCAGCGACGAAAUCGAGACUGGAAUGCGGCUAUUGGGCGCCACGAGUCUGGAUGACCUGAGUUCUUGUAUGGUGAAUACGCGCGAAUUGGAGAUUCUAGUUGCCCAAGGUAUCCCAGAAUGGGAGAGCGGCAAGAGCAGGCUUUGA